GUGGAUAUUUGUCCGGUUGUUGGAAGACGAUGGCAAAGUUCAAAUUAAACGAGCGUGUAAUGGCUCGUUGGCCGGGCUCGUCUCUGUGGUUUGAAGGCAUGGUUGUUGACUUCAACGAUAUCGAGUACCAGAUUCGGUUCGAGGACGCUGCCACGUCUGAGUACGUGGUCAAGUACAAGGAUGUUAAGCCGAUAACAGAGUUCAGGAGGCGUUCUAAGAGCCGCGGACGAUCCAAAAGUCGAGGGAGAUCGAGUAGGAAGAGUCCGGGUCGACGGUCUGCACCACUGCCCUCGCCGGAACAAGAUAUUGUUAAAGUGACACAGCCAGAGGUAGAGGCCAUCAAGAUCAUCCAGCCAUUGCCACUUAUUGAACUCAAGAAUCAAUUUCCGGAGUCAGUCGCUGUUGCCAGGUUGUCGAGAGCCGAUCUGUCAGCUCCACGCACCUCCACACCCACCUGGCAGUCUGCUCAUAUUGCCACCUUGAAUGAUACUACAGAAAAUGAAGUUCACAGUGAAGUGAACAACAUCAGAGCCGUGAAGACUGUCACUAGUGAAGAUGAUGUGGCCCCCAGAACCGUCGGUAGCCGCGUGUGUGGCUUGACCUGCAGCGUAGGGUCGGGCAUCAAGUCUGGGGUGUGUGCCCUCAUACCAUCCUUUGCCACCAUCAAGGCUUUACUUCUCACUGCCAUAAUGAUCGCCAUGCCAAUUGUUUUAACCGAGAUGUGUACAAUGAAUAAAUGCACCAUUACGGAGUUCCCCUCCAUCCCACGCAAGCUACACUACUACUACGACCCGCUGGCCAUCGCUAUCGUCACAGGGUUCAUGGCUGCCCAGCUCCUCCUCUACCUUAUUCCCGUGGGUAAAGUGGUGAGGCCUCAGAAUGGUGCCACUAUACGCUGUAAUGGAUUCCUGACUCUACUAGUGACAGUGUCCGUGGUCCCCAUCUCGAUAUACUUUGACUACAAUAUCUUGCAAGUCUACGCCAAGUACCGUCAGCUCAUGGGCACGUGUAUAGGGCUGUCGGUGAUUAUAUCCCUUGCCAUGUAUGUCCGGGCUGGCUACAUUCCCAACGAUGCCAAGAAUCCGGUGGGGAAUUCGGGGAUCUUCUUGGCGGAUUUCUUCAAGGGCCGAGAGAUCAACCCGGUUAUAAAAUCGGUGGACCUGAAGUUCUUGCUUUUUCGGACUGUUCUCCUGUCUUGGGUAAUGAUUAACGUGAUAAUAGUGAUGAAGGAUUUGCGAGUCAGCCCGGGUCAAUACAGCCCGACACUCCUGCUGGCUUGUUCCCUACAGAUUUUUUAUGCCCUGGAUUUCCUGUGGUUCGAAGAGGCAUACUUCACUACCUAUGAAUAUAUGCGUCAAGGGUUUGGUUUCUUCUGCAUUCAGGCGAAUCUUGCAGGAGCGUUCGUGCUCUGUGUUUUCUCCAGGCUGGUGCUCAACCACAGGAAUGAACUUGAAUGGUAUUACCUGUUACCGAUUGCCACCCUCAACCUGGUCGGCUACACGAUCCUCCGAGGCUCCAGCUCACAGAAACACGCUUUUCGCUCCAACCCAUCUAACCCAGCACUGGCUCAUUUGGAGAGUCUACCAACGCCAGCAGGAACAAGACUGUUAGUGUCUGGAUGGUGGGGAGUUAUGAGACACCCCAACUACCUUGGAGACAUCUUCAUAUAUAUUUCCUGGGGUCUACUGUGUGGCUUCGGUCAUGCUUUACCUUGGAUAUUGGUGGGCUUCAAUGUUCUCUUCUUGGUGGGAAGAAUCUUUGAAGUGGAGAACGUGUGCAAGAAGAAGUAUGGAACAGCCUGGGAUAGCUACACUGACCGGGUCAAGUACCGCCUUAUACCAAAGGUGUUCUAGAGGUCCUGAGAUUGGCUGACCUGUUUAUGGAUAGGCAAGUGCUGAGUUACACGACAGAAGGUGUGACAAUAUUGAAGAGUUUCUCCUGCCCAAACAAGUUAACUCAAUGUUUUGGACAAAUUUUAUACUGGAGGUCAUUCUCCUUAGAGUAACUCAUAAGGACAAACUCUAACAAAAGUUCAAAUUUCACCAAUAUGAUUUGUUUUUAGUGAUGUGACUGACACCAAAAAUAUUAAUUUUGUUGAUUUGGUGAAAUUCAUCUUUUAUAUUAGUCUUAAAAGAUAUACAGGGGGAGUUCUUUUAACUUCCCCCUGAUAUGAGAAUGAUCAAGGUGUAUUAGUGAUCCUGUUGUGUUUUUUGAUCAUGUACACAGAUUACAUUAAUCUGAAGUAUGUGUUGCAAACUGAAGUGAAUCAUUCUCUUUAAUUACAAGGGUUUUAGCCAUGACACAAUUUAAUGGGGUUUAAAUAACCACAUUUAAAACUAUAUUAUUAUUAGUCGCCUUUUGGCUCAAAUUUUUAGUCGAUAUACAUGGAUCACUUUUUUUUACAUUGUGUAGGUUUUAAUUGUUAUGGAAGUCACCUUAAGUGUAAUACAUAUGCAAUUCAUUUUCCUAAACUCCAUUCAUCACCUUAUUGUUAAUUUAAAAUAAGGUUCGGGCAGUUUUAUUCUUCCUGAUAACCUUGGAGGAUGUAUCAUGUGGUCCAGCCAAUGUGUCCCCCAUCAUCGCAAACUGAAAGUGUUAAAUAUUAAAACACCAUUGCAGGUUAAAUGAAUUCUUUGAAGAAUCCUGCAAGAUUUCUUCAUGUGUAAAUAUGUUUGAAUAUUUGACUUUCUCAGAAACUAAAUAUAAUUGACUUGAGAAUAAAAAAGAUGCUGCAAUGCUAUUAGUAUAAGUACAAAAUGUACAUAGUAUAUUUUUAGAUAUAUACAUACAUACAUUAUUAUAAAAUUAUUGCCUUUUUAAAGGGCUGAAGAGUUUUAAGAUUUGGUCUUAUGAGAGAUUGAUCAUUAGAUACAGUCGUAUAUUGACAUUGUUAAGUUGUAGUUAUGACUUGUGUCAUCGUAGGAAGGUUUCCAAAUGAUCUCAGAGACAGGUAAGUCUGAGCAAUGUGUACAGUGUAUUAAAUUAUGUGGAAGAUAACUGUCUUGCCAUGGGGUGUAUACAGUAAGUGCCGUCUCACAAACUGGAGAUGUUACCUUUAACAAACUUGUAAAACUUACCAGACUACUAAAUAGUAGCACUGCACUGUAAACUGUAACUGGGAUUUUCACUUGUGUUCAAGAAAGACACUGUGAUUCACAAUUAUUGUAUAUAAGUAACUAAGGUACUUUAUUAAUUUUGUGUAUAGUUUUUAAGUUACUUGUACAGAAUACAAGUAUUGAAAUAUAAGUUUUCCAAAUAAACAUUUUGUAAUAUA